GAGAGAGGUGCGUCGACAUCCAGGUGAAUCCAAGUAAUUAAAUUUGCAGGAUUUUAUCUUCUUUAAAUAUUUUUUUUUGUUGAAAUCUUCUUUUGCCCAUUUGCCAAUUUCUCCGUUUGGUUUGAAACUUCGAAAGGGUUCUUUUUUUCUUCGGGGGAAACACGGAAUUAGGGUUUAGGUUAUUUCGUUGGGGUAAAGAAGAAAGAAGGAAGGAAGGAAGAUGCAGCAGUCUCCGCAAAUGUUUCCGAUGGUUCCUUCCAUUCCUCCUACUAACAACAUCACUACCGAACAGAUCCAAAAGUACCUUGAUGAGAACAAGAAGCUGAUAAUGGCGAUCAUGGAAAAUCAGAAUCUCGGAAAACUUGCAGAAUGUGCCCAGUACCAAGCUCUUCUCCAGAAGAACUUGAUGUAUCUUGCUGCAAUUGCUGAUGCUCAACCCCCACCACCUACACCAGGAGCUGCACCAACAACAGCUAUGGCUGCUCAGAUGACAACACCGCAUCCUGGAAUGCAACCACCUGGCUACUUCAUGCAACAUCCACAAGCUUCAGGAAUGGGUCAACAAGCAUCACCGGCAGGGAUUUUCCCUCCAAGAGGUCCAUUACAGUUUGGUAGCCCACACCAGCUUCAAGAUCCGCAACAGCAUCAGAUACAUCAACAAGCUAUGCAGGGACACAUGGGGAUUAGACCAAUGGGUAUGAACAACAACGGGAUGCAGCAUGCGAUGCAACAACCAGAGACCAGUCUUGGAGGAAGCGUGGGGCUUAGAGGUGGCAAGCAAGAUGGAGCAGAUGGACAAGGAAAAGAUGAUGGCAAGUGAAAGGAUC